GCCUCUUUUCAACAUAUCUGGAUCCCAAUACCUUGGUCUGUUGAAAUUCUUCAACAGCUACCAAAGGAACAACGUGCUUGGCAAGCAAGAGUUGAGAGCCAUCCUCAGUCGUAGAGACAUCAACCCAACCGACAGUGAGCUCCAGCAGAUGAUUGACAGUAUCAGUGUUGAAUCGUCUGGCAUAGGCUUCCAAGCGUUCGUCGACUACAUCAGCGAGUGUCCAGGACUCCGUGACCAGGAGAAGGACUACUCUGCUGCUUUCAGCAUCUUUGACCGCACUGGCAAUGGAGAAAUAAACCGUGGAGAGCUUGCCAUUGUUCUUGUAAAGAUGGGCCACCGAUUCACAGAAUCGGAUGCAAUCCUCGAAGCCUGUGACAAAAAUAAAGACGGGAAGAUCCAAUAUGAUGAGUUCAUCGAAGUUAUGAAGAAAAAGCUUUAGAUGGCAUUGAUGUUAGACCGGUGGCACUAUGUUACUGAAUGAACAGUUUUGGAAAGGAUACUGCGUACUUUUAUUUUAGAUUGAAAGAUCAAUUCGUGCUUUACAUAUUUAAUGAAAUCAUCAUAGUGUCGAUCAAUUACUGUCUAAUGUGACACGUGUGUUUUGAAAAUUGUUUUGUUGAAUAAAAUAUCAUUUUCUUCUUGAAA